AAAAAUACGUUAAUAUAUGAACGUUUAAUGUGUUGGUGCAUCAGGGUUUUUAGAUUAUCUUUGCUAGUUAACUUAGCUGGCUAACUAGCGUGCUAUAUUUGAUACAAGGUUGUUAUUUAAUUAACGUUAUGUCAUUCGUCGUGGCGAAUGCUGUAUCUUGACACAUUUUACGAGCUCGCUGUGAUUAGUGGCGCUCGGGAGGCGCUACCGAUGGCUUGUGGACGUCACGGAGUUCCGAGGUGUUCUGUAGCAAUGGCGGCGGGGCAGCUAGGUUCCGCUAGCGAGGCAGCUUAGCAGGCAGGCGGGCCAUGUUUGUUUCACGCAGCUAAAAAUGGGCUAGGGCUAUAGCAUGAUAAGCGCAGCUUAUAGCAACGCUAUGCUCGCGUCAAAUGAUUUGGACGAUUUCAGAAUAGCAUCCAGCCACCAAAGACGUUGGGAACAUGGUAUUUUUUUAAUUCGACGCCACAAAACAAAAACGUUAUGUAAGAAGGGGGGCGCCUUUCCCGGGCUUUCGCGAAUAGCGUACAUCUGUGAUUAGCCAUUAACUCGAGUGUGUUUGUCUCGUUUAUGUACCGACAUCUUGACUUUAUAGAGCUAUGACAGCACAGCUUCCCAGCGAGCCAUAAAACUAGUCAACUAACACGACCUAGUUUGUUUGCAUUUGCUCACGUCGUGUGUUGCCUCUGCGUGCUUGCAUGAGGGGCGGAAGCUAGUCGCGGCGGCCAUUUUACAGCUAGUUAGCUGUUCCAACCUCUGGCGCACAAGAUGCCCACCCUUAAACGCCUUGUGUUUUCUCGAAGCUGUUGUAUCAGCCUCUACAUGACUUUACGGCACUAAGACAUGCAGGACUGAUCCUGACUCAAGAACUGACUGAGCCUGCAACGGGCAACCUUUCAAGUUUCUUUGCGGGAAAGCGGGGCUCGUAGAGCAACGCUAAGUUUCACUUAACCGGGAAGACGGAAGUCGUCAGGCUGGAGUGCGUCCUGAUGGCUGAGUCAGAGACUGACUGUGACACACCAGGUCUCGAUACAUUGGGAUCUGAGUGUGUCAUCGCCCAUACGCAAGUCGGUGACUUGCAUUAUGGAGCGGAGACUGAGAUUAUGACUCAAGAGGACAAAAGACUUGACCUAGAGGCUAUUCACGGUGAUUUAGGGGCAGUGACAUGCGUCGAUGUGGUAACGGAGACAGACCAUGACUAUAUUAAAUCUGAAAUACACCACGAUCAUCAUCAUUACUUCAGCAGCGCAGAAAUCAAAGGCAAUGAGCAUUUGCUCGGUGAAGUGCUGUUAAAGACGGAGAUAGGUGGUGGAGAACAUAUCGUAAAGGUGGAGUCUGACCAUGGAGGGGAGCUUACGGUAGAGUCAGAGAAUGGUGUUAUCCACGAAGCCCAUGGCCUGCAAUGCAGUGAGUGUGGUGAGAUUUUUGGCUGUAUGUCUGAUCUGCACGAACACUUUGAAGUCCACAAAGCCACUCAUCCCUACAUUUGUGUCCACUGUGGUGAGAGCUUCGCUGUUGAAGCCAGCCUAAGAAGUCACAUGAGGAUUCACAUGAAAGAGAAAAGUUAUACCACUGGUCUUGAGAUGGUUGGUAAAGGUGUCAUUGAUGCGUUCAACUUGAAACCCCACCAGAUGAUGCACUCUCCUGAAAAGCCGCACAGAUGUUCAGAGUGUGGCAAAAGCUUCGCUGCUGCCAUCACUCUCCGAGAACACAUGAAAAUGCAUUCUGAUGACAAACCCUACAAAUGCACCCAAUGCCGAAAAAGCUUUGUGCGCAGACGCCAUCUGAAAAAACAUCAAGAGCUCCAUGCCCAUGACAAGCCGUUUACCUGUCUUCAGUGUGGUAAAGGCUUUACGACGGCUUCCAAUCUCAAACAGCACCAGAAGACUCAUGCUGGUGAAAAGCCACACAGAUGCACCCAGUGUGGAAAGUGUUUUGCGGCAGCAGCCACGUUAAGAGAGCAUCAGAGAAUCCACUCAGGGGAGAAGCCCUACAAGUGCACCCAGUGUCGGAAGAGCUUCGUAAGGAAACGCCACCUCAAGAAGCAUCAGCUGGUCCAUCAGGGUGGAAAGCCCUACCGCUGCUCUCAGUGCGACAAGGGUUUCAACCAUUCCUCUUCCUUGUCACGACACCACAAGGUCCACCUUGAAGCCAAGAUGUACGCCCAGGCGGAUAAGGAUUUCCCCUUCGAUACUACGCUGAAGAGGGGAAUGCACACAGGUGAAAAGCCAUACAGCUGCAACCAUUGUGAGAAGAGCUUCAAUCACUCAUCAUCGCUAUCCAGGCAUCAGAGGACUCAUUCUGAUGGAAAGUCCUACACCUGUGCUCAGUGUGGGAAGAGGUUCAAUCAUCCCUCCUCUCUCGCAAGGCACCAGCGGGUUCAUUUGGAGGAUAAGUCAACUUAUAGUGCUAUUGCAACAGGAAAGGGAUUCCCCCACACUACCAUCUUGAAACAGAGAAUCCUUCAGAGUGAGAAACCAUAUAGGUGCGCUCAGUGUGGAAAGGGUUUCAAUCAUUCGUCUUCUCUGUCUAGGCAUCACAGAAUUCAUAUUGAUCAGUAAGCCUGCUUUCCUCUCCCACAAGUGGUGCGCUACCAUUCAUCCCAUGAUUCAGGCCAGCUUGUAAUGUUAAAGAGUUUGGCAAAAGAUGCAAGAAAAUCCAGAAAGUCGGCGUGGACCUGCUCUGAGGGAACUUACAAAAUCAAGUCCUUUGACUUGAGCAAUGAAUUUCAAUUUGGUAUGAUUGACACUGAAAACCCCUGUGUAAUGUGCACAUGAUUAGAUGCAUACAUGUCAUUCUGGAACAUGGUGUGUGAUUAAAACUGUAGACAACUUCCAUCAUUACUGAUUUGUGCUUUAAGCUGGGAGUUUAUUGAAGCCUGGCACAAUCUUGAACUGAGUAUUAGGUCAAGUUGGUUUUGAAUGGUAGAUAAUUAAGCAAAUAGGUCUAGACAACUAUUCACUCCCCUAGUUUGUAUCUUUUACCCAUCUCUAUCAUUAAUGGAUUGAGAAACUGAUAUCAUGUGUAAAUAUAUGUUGAUUUCCUUUUAUAUAGAUGUAUAGGU